AUGAGCCUGAGCGAGGAGGACGCGCGGCGGUUCCUGGAGGAGAACCCCGACUUCGCCGCGCGCUACUUCGAGCGGCAGCUGAGCCCCGAGCAUGCGGCGGCGGCGGCGGGGGCCGAGGCGCUGCGCGCGGGGGACUGCGCCAGCUUCCGCGAGCUGUGCCAGGUGGAGGAGAGCGCGGCGCUGUUCGAGCUGGUGCAGGACAUGCAGGAGAACGUGAACAUGGAGCGCGUGGUCUUCAAGAUCCUGAGGCGCCUGUGCGCAGUGCUGGGCGCCGACCGCUGCAGCCUCUUCAUGUACCGGCAGCGUAACGGCGUGGCUGAGCUGGCCACCCGCCUCUUCAGCGUGCAGCCGCACAGCGCGCUCGAGGAGUGCCUGGUGCCGCCCGACAGCGAGAUCGUCUUCCCGCUCGACAUCGGCGUGGUGGGCCACGUGGCGCAGACCAAGAAGAUGGUCAACGUGCAGGACGUGAACGAGUGCCCCCACUUCAGCCCAUUCGCGGACGAGCUCACCGAGUACGUGACCAAGAACAUCCUGGCCACGCCCGUGAUGAAUGGCAAGGACGUGGUGGCUGUCAUCAUGGCUGUCAACAAGCUGACUGGCCCGUACUUCACCAGCGAUGACGAGGACAUUUUCUUGAAGUACCUGAAUUUUGCGGCAUUGAACCUGAAGAUCUACCACCUGAGCUACCUCCACAACUGUGAGACGCGCCGAGGCCAGGUGCUGUUGUGGUCAGCCAACAAGGUGUUCGAGGAGCUGACGGACAUCGAGCGACAGUUCCACAAGGCCUUCUACACCGUGCGGGCCUACCUCAACUGCGAUCGCUACUCCGUGGGGCUCCUGGAUAUGACCAAGGAGAAGGAAUUCUUCGACGUUUGGCCCGUGCUGAUGGGGGAAGCCCAGCCGUACUCUGGCCCACGCACGCCCGACGGCAGGGAAAUCGUUUUCUACAAAGUCAUUGACUACAUCCUCCACGGCAAAGAGGACAUCAAGGUCAUCCCGACGCCUCCAGCCGAUCACUGGGCCCUGGUCAGCGGCCUUCCAACCUACGUGGCAGAAAGUGGCUUUAUCUGUAACAUCAUGAACACCUCGGCCGAUGAGAUGUUUAAAUUCCAGGAGGGCCCCCUGGACGAGUCGGGAUGGACCAUCAAGAAUGUCCUGUCGAUGCCCAUCGUCAACAAGAAGGAGGAGAUCGUGGGCGUGGCCACGUUCUACAACAGGAAAGACGGGAAGCCCUUUGACGAGCAGGAUGAAGUUCUCAUGGAGUCCCUGACGCAGUUCCUCGGCUGGUCAGUCCUCAACACCGACACCUACGACAAGAUGAACAAGCUGGAGAACCGCAAGGACAUCGCCCAGGACAUGGUCCUCUACCACGUGAGAUGUGACAAGGACGAGAUCCAGUCAAUCCUGCCAACAAGAGAACGUCUAGGGAAGGAGCCUGCAGACUGUGAGGAGGAGGAGCUGGAGAAAAUUCUGAAAGAAGAGCUCCCGGGGCCCAACAAGUUCGACAUCUACGAGUUCCACUUCUCAGAUCUGGAGUGCACGGAGCUGGAGCUGGUCAAGUGUGGCAUCCAGAUGUACUACGAGCUGGGUGUGGUCCGCAAGUUCCAGAUUCCGCAGGAGGUCCUGGUGCGCUUCCUCUUCUCCGUCAGCAAAGGGUACCGGAGAAUCACCUACCACAACUGGCGCCACGGCUUCAACGUGGCCCAGACGAUGUUCACGCUGCUCAUGACCGGCAAGCUGAAAGACUACUACACAGACCUGGAGGCCUUCGCCAUGGUGACGGCUGGACUGUGCCAUGACAUCGACCACCGCGGCACCAACAACCUCUACCAGAUGAAGUCUCAGAACCCCUUAGCGAAGCUCCACGGCUCCUCGAUCCUGGAGAGGCACCACCUGGAGUUCGGGAAGUUCCUGCUUGCCGAGGAGACCCUGAACAUCUUCCAGAACCUCAACCAGCGCCAGCACCAGCACGUGAUCCACCUCAUGGACAUCGCCAUCAUCGCCACUGACCUGGCCCUCUACUUCAAGAAGAGGACCAUGUUCCAGAAGAUCGUAGAUGAGUCCAAGAACUACGAGGACAGGGACAAGUGGGUGGAGUACUUGUCACUGGAAACCACGCGGAAGGAGAUCGUCAUGGCAAUGAUGAUGACUGCAUGUGACCUGUCUGCUAUCACCAAGCCCUGGGAAGUCCAGAGCAAGGUGGCUCUUUUGGUAGCAGCCGAGUUCUGGGAGCAAGGCGACUUGGAAAGGACGGUCCUGGAUCAGCAGCCCAUCCCAAUGAUGGACAGAAAUAAAGCAGGCGAGCUGCCCAAGCUGCAGGUGGGCUUCAUCGACUUCGUGUGCACCUUUGUGUACAAGGAGUUCUCCCGCUUCCACGAGGAGAUUCUGCCCAUGUUCGACAGGCUGCAGAACAACCGGAAGGAGUGGAAGGCCCUGGCCGAUGAGUACGAGGCCAAGAUAAAGGCCAUUGAGGAGGAGAAGAAGAAGGAGGAGAUUGUACCUGUCAAGAAAGUGGGGACAGAGGUCUGCAAUGGCGGCCCAGCACCCAAGUCUUCCACCUGCUGUAUCCUGUGAGCACCUGUCCCGCGGGGUCUCCCUCAUCCUGCAAGCCAGGCUGGGACUCGGGCACUGCCUUGAACCAUCCGGCACGAGAGGUUAGGAAGCCGGAGAAGAGGACUGCAGAUCAUUUUAUAUUAUUUU